CGGAUUUAGUUGGUAGUAAUGUAGUUUACUAGACAACCUAGUCCUAGUCAAUAUGUCGUGCGAAUGGGCGAUGGCGUUUCUUUCAUUCAAAUUGACAAACUUUUAACUUAUUGUCUAAUAUUAAAUGGCAGUACAGUACAUUUUUUUUUAUAUUGAACCACUUGAUAUUAUUCAAACUGUUUAUAGCGUAAAAGUGUUUGCAAAUUACAUUUGUGCGAUAUUGACCUGUGGAUGAAGUGUUGUUGCAAUUAUUUUAUAUGCGGGCUGAAAUUCAUCUCGAUGUCGACACAGCUCAUUUAAUAAAAUGAUUUGAUUUUUAGUUUUUACGACUUGACUUAUCAAAUGAUAUUAAUUACUAUCAGUAUUUUAAGAAGUGAAAAGUUGCAUAUAAAUCUUCAGGAAUUGUAUAAAUCAAUCUAUACACUGACUGCAGCAUGUAUGUGUGCAUAGCAGAGAGUAAUUUUUGGUUCCCGGGCUUUUGCCUGCAGCGGUUUUAGUUGAUGCUCCUGAAAAGUAUUAAGCUGCUCAAAAAUUUGUGCCAAAGUUUAUAUUGAAGUAUUAUCGGGCCAAAAAAGAAAAGUUGUGAAUUGACUGUGUGUCCCGCUUUUGUAGCGGGAUAGUUCAAUCAGCAACCUGGAACUAAUGGAACUGGAGAACAUUGUUGCCAACACUGUAUAUUUGAAAGCUCGUGAAGGUGGAUCAGACAGCAGCAAAGGCAAAAGCAAAAAAUGGAAGAAAAUUCUGCAAUUUCCUCACAUAUCUCAAUGCAUAGAUAUAAAAAACAAAAUAGAUGUAAGAUACAGUUACGUAGUGACACAGCAGCCAUUGGGAGAUUAUUAUUUCGCCAGUUUUUGUGAAAAGAAAAGACCACAAUAUUAUCCACGUUUGGAGAUAUCAUUAGAAAUAAGUAAGAAAUACCUCACAAGUAGUUCAAUUGAAUCGGGUGAUAACCCUGGUAAAACAGUGAUUGAUGUAUUAAAUGAUGAUGUUAUAGAGCUUGUAAAAACAAAUUAUCAAGUGGUUGUAAAGAUCUAUUUGAACUUGUGUUUUAAUCAUCAAAAACUUUUUGGCAGGGGGCCUUUCUGGGAUUUUGAAUCAUCAAUGUAUUUUCAUAGAUAUUUGCAAUGGAAAUGGCUAGAAGCAUUGCCUGUAACAUACAAGACUUUUCGAAUGUAUCGAGUUCUAGGAAAAGGAGGAUUUGGAGAAGUUUGUGCAUGUCAAGUAAGGGGCACGGGUAAAAUGUACGCUUGCAAAAAAUUAGAAAAAAACGAAUUAAAAAAAGAAGGGGGAGUCAAUGGUGUGUUGAUUGAAAAGCAAAUAUUACAAAAAAUUAAUUCAAGAUUUGUUGUCAAUUUGGCAUAUGCCUAUGAAGACCAAAGAUGCCCCUCUGUUGUUUUAACCAUAAUGAAUG